GUUUUGUAUAUUCACAAGGCCAUAGAGUUUUUACUAUGAAGCAAUAUAUGUUUUAUGGAGGAAUACUUUUAUUGUUUGUGGCUCUCAUCGAAACUUCGUCAGUGGCAUACGCAUCACUAACCAAUACCAAGAGAACGCCUUCUGAAAGAAGUUGGACAGGAAGAACUUGCACGAACAAAGGAUACUACUGCAGUGCAGACUGCAAGGCCGUGUACAACUGCAUUGGAUCCGAACCGGACUACGAAGAAGUGCUCACGGAGGUGUGUGAUACUGGGCAAGGGUAUCAGUGCAGCGCUACACUGGGCGUGUGUUCCAAGACAUUCACUAGCACAUGUACUCCACAAGGAUAUGAAUUUGAGUGCACUGAAGUUGGAACAUUUCCCGAUCCUUACGACUGCGCCGGUUACUACAUUUGUUAUGGGACAUUGAACAACUUGCAACACAGUUUCCAGCUAUGCGACAGUGGAUGGCUGUAUGAAUCAUCAAAAUUCUCGUGCUCAAAAGAGUCAAAAAUAUGCUCAGAGGAUCCAGUGCCAACAUGUAAAUACACUUGGCAAGUAGGAGCAGUUACUGAAAAUCCAAACAUAUAUUACAUUUGCAGAAAUAACACAAACAAAGAUGGGUCAUACCUGUAUCCAGUUCUCUACUUAUGUCCACAUGGUGGAAUAUUCAACUCUGUCACAGCUUCAUGUGAGAGUAAAAUUAACACCACAAUACACACAACAUUUACACAGAAUAUAUUGGGUACAACAGAAUCCCAAACGUUAACAGCAGAAAGUUCUAACCCUACUUGUAAAACAAAAGGAAAAACCGAAGAUCCAAAUAAUUGUUACUCGUAUUAUGAAUGUUCUGAUAAUCUCCAACAAACACACAAGACAUGUGAAAAUGGUUACUAUUUCAACCAUGUUUACCAGAACUGUGUAUUUGGGACAUGUUCUAAUGGAAAUGGAAAUAACCAAUCACCAACAAACCAACCUACAAUAUCCACGUCUAACCAAACACCAGCACCUGGUGUCACAACCACAACUUCAGGACCUCCAAUUCAAACAACGAAACCAUCACAAUCUGUACCAACAUGCUCAGCUGCAGGUGACAUAGAAGAUCCCAACGACUGUACCUCGUACUAUGAAUGCUCUGAAGAUCUACAGCAAACACACAAGACAUGUGAAAAUGGGUACUAUUUCAAUCAUGUUUACCAGAACUGUGUAUUUGGGACAUGUUCUAAUGGAAAUGGAAAUAACCAAUCACCAACAAACCAACCUACAAUAUCCACGUCUAACCAAACACCAGCACCUGGUAUCACAACCACAACUUCAGGAACUCCCAUUCAAACAACAAAACCAUCACAAUCUGUACCAACAUGCUCAGCUGCAGGUGACAUAGAAGAUCCCAAUGACUGUACCUCGUACUAUGAAUGCUCUGAAGAUCUACAGCAAACACACAAAACAUGUGAAAACGGUUACUAUUUCAAUCAUGUUUACCAGAACUGUGUAUUUGGGACAUGUUCUAAUGGAAAUGGAAAUAACCAAUCACCAACAUACCAACCUACAUUAUCCACGUCUAACCAAAUACCAGUACCUGGUGUCACAACCACAACUUCAGGAACUCCCAUUCAAACAACAAAACCAUCACAAUCUGUACCAACAUGCUCAGCUGCAGGUGACAUAGAAGAUCCCAACGACUGUACCUCGUACUAUGAAUGCUCUGAAGAUCUACAGCAAACACACAAGACAUGUGAAAAUGGUUACUAUUUCAAUCAUGUUUACCAGAACUGUGUAUUUGGGACAUGUUCUAAUGGAAAUGGAAAUAACCAAUCACCAACAAACCAACCUACAAUAUCCACGUCUAACCAAACACCAGCACCUGGUGUCACAACCACAUUUUCAGGAAAUCCCAUUCAAACAACAAAAUCAUCACAAUCUGUACCAACAUGCUCAGCUGCAGGUGACAUAGAAGAUCCCAAUGACUGUACCUCGUACUAUGAAUGCUCUGAAGAUCUACAGCAAACACACAAAACAUGUGAAAAUGGUUACUAUUUCAAUCAUGUUUACCAGAACUGUGUAUUUGGGACAUGUUCUAAUGGAAAUGGAAAUAACCAAUCACCAACAAACCAACCUACAUUAUCCACGUCUAACCAAACACCAGUACCUGGUGUCACAACCACAACUUCAGGAACUCCAAUUCAAACAACAAAACCAUCACAAUCUGUACCAACAUGCUCAGCUGCAGGUGACAUAGAAGAUCACAAUGACUGUACCUCGUACUAUGAAUGCUCUGAAGAUCUACAGCAAACACACAAGACAUGUGAAAAUGGUUACUAUUUCAAUCAUGUUUACCAGAACUGUGUAUUUGGGACAUGUUCUAAUGGAAAUGGAAAUAACCAAUCACCAACAAACCAACCUACAUUAUCCACGUCUAACCAAACACCAGUACCUGGUGUCACAACCACAACUUCAGGAACUCCCAUUCAAACAACAAAACCAUCACAAUCUGUACCAACAUGCUCAGCUGCAGGUGACAUAGAAGAUCCCAACGACUGUACCUCGUACUAUGAAUGCUCUGAAGAUCUACAGCAAACACACAAGACAUGUGAAAAUGGUUACUAUUUCAAUCAUGUUUACCAGAACUGUGUAUUUGGGACAUGUUCUAAUGGAAAUGGAAAUAACCAAUCACCAACAAACCAACCUACAUUAUCCACGUCUAACCAAACACCAGCACCCGGUGUCACAACCACAACUUCAGGAACUCCCAUUCAAACAACAAAACCAUCACAAUCUGUACCAACAUGCUCUGCUGCAGGUGACAUAGAAGAUCCCAACGACUGUACCUCGUACUAUGAAUGCUCUGAAGAUCUACAGCAAACACACAAGACAUGUGAAAAUGGUUACUAUUUCAAUCAUGUUUACCAGAACUGUGUUUUUGGGACAUGUUCUAAUGGAAAUGGAAAUAACCAAUCACCAACAAACCAACCUACAAUAUCCACGUCUAACCAAACACCAGCACCUGGUGUCACAACCACAACUUCAGGAACUCCCAUUCAAACAACAAAACCAUCACAAUCUGUACCAACAUGCUCAGCUGCAGGUGACAUAGAAGAUCCCAAUGACUGUACCUCGUACUAUGAAUGCUCUGAAGAUCUACAGCAAACACACAAGACAUGUGAAAAUGGUUACUAUUUCAAUCAUAUUUACCAGAACUGUGUAUUUGGGACAUGUUCUAAUGGAAAUGGAAAUAACCAAUCACCAACAAACCAACCUACAAUAUCCUCCUCUAACCAAACACCAGCACCUGGUGUCACAACCACAACUUCAGGAACUCCCAUUCAAACAACAAAACCAUCACAAUCUGUACCAACAUGCUCAGCUGCAGGUGACAUAGAAGAUCCCAACGACUGUACCUCGUACUAUGAAUGCUCUGAAGAUCUACAGCAAUCACACAAGACAUGUGAAAAUGGUUUUUAUUUUAAUAGUGUGUUCCAAAAAUGUAUAUUUGGAACAUGUUUGCUAAGUAAAUUGCAUAUUAACACUCCCAAAAUUCAGAAUGACAAAAUUGUUUCAAACAAAAUAGUUCAUAGUUUUAUGGUAAUGCCAUUUGCCUAUACUUUAUCAGAUAUCAAAUAUUAUCAAUCUGGGCCAGUAUGUGCUGUUUCUGGAAUUUUCAAAGAUUCUUAUGAUUGUCAUUCGUACUAUGAAUGUUCAGAAGAUCUUAUUCAAACGUACAAAACUUGCGAUUUUGGGUAUUUUUUCAGCACAGUGUACAAGGGUUGUAUUUUUGGAUCAUGUUAUAAUUACAUUGGUGACAAUAAUUCACAUAUAAGCUAUUCUACCAAAACAACAAACUCUAUGUCAUCUUCCACAGCUUUUGUCAACCUUAAUACCCCAGGAGUAAUUUCACCAAUAUGCACGUCAGCUGGUUCAAUUGCAGACCCUUAUGACUGCUACUCUUUUUACGAAUGUUCAGAAAACCUCCAGCCAACACACAAAGUGUGUAAUAGUGGUUUUUAUUUCAGUGUUAUGUAUCAUAUAUGUGUGUUUGGAACGUGUUCAAGUUCAAGUGGAUCUAACAGUUCAACAGGUCAACCUGAUACAACUACCGACAAUGUAAAUCCCACAACAGAAUCCACUUCACAAACAACCAAACAGUCUCAUGGCACACCAGCAUGCACUAUCGCAGGACCCAUCGAAGAUCCCAAUGAUUGUUACUCUUAUUAUGAAUGUUCUGACGAUCUUCAACUAUCACAUAAAAUAUGUGAUAAUGGUUAUCAUUUUAGUGUCCCUUACCAGAGGUGUGUUUUUGGAACUUGUUCGGACGCAAAUGGGAAUAGUGGUUCGCCCACAAAUCAACCUGCAACGACUGCCAGUACAACAACAACUUUGGGAAGUACAACAGACACGACCACGGUGCCUGCUUUAACAACAACUAAACCUCAGCCAUUCCCAACAUGUUCAGUGACUGGUAAUAUUGCUGAUCCUAAUGACUGUUACUCAUACUACGUAUGCUCAGGGAAUGACCAGCCUAUACACAAAACAUGCGGUGAGGGCUACCACUACAGCACUAUUUACAAUGAAUGUGUCUUCGGAGCGUGUCGAACAGCUUAUGCAAAUAAAAUUGACUACUUACCAAAUACUUCAAUAUGGGCAUAGUUAAAACUUGAAUGACUCUUAAAUUAAUUGAAAAUCUAAGUUUAUUUUAUUUACUAUACAAUUUUAUUUUACUAUUUUUUUAUUCAAAGAAAAUCCUAAUAAAAUUGUAUGCUAGUAAAAUUAAAUGACAAAUAUGGG